AUCUGUGGAGUAAUCCGUAAUCAUGACAUUGUUCAAAGUUUCCCAUUCUCAAUGAAUUAAAUUUAAUAUUUUUUUGUUAAACAAACAAGAAAGAAACUUCUUACGACGCAAGAAAUGUAAUUUUUAAAAAAUGUCUGUCAUAAACGAACCCGUUUUGAACAUCAUCGUUGUUGGUUUCCAUCAUAAAAAGGGGUGUCAGGUGGAACACUGCUAUCCAGAAUUGGUACCUGGCCGACCAACAGAACUACCAGCAGCCUGGCGACAUUUGCCAGCUCUCGCCUUACCCGAUGGAUCUCAUAAUUAUCUUUCAGACACAAUAUUUUUUAAUCUGCCAGGACUCACAGAGCCAGAACAUACAGUUUAUGGCAUAUCAUGUUUCCGACAAAUUCCAGUGGAGCAAGUAGUGCAGAAAACUGAAGACAUGACUAGAAGUUCAGUGCAAAAGAGUGUGUGUGUGAUAUGCAGAGCACCAUUGUUUGGACGACUUGCUGUUAAAAUGGAGUUGGUGGUGAGGGCUUGGUUUCUUCAGGCUGACUUUUCACAAACUAAACUAUUGGAGGAUGCAUUUAAACAUUUAAAUAGUUGUCCAGUUCAAAUAGAUCAAACUUUAGAAGGUUUGUCUGUGAUGCAAUUGGUAGAAAGCUGGCGUCAUAAGGCAUUAUUGCUGUUCAAACUGUUGCUCUUACGGCGCAAAGUUCUCAUGUAUGGGUCGCCGGCGGGUCCGUUGUCAGCUGCACUCUUAACUCUCAUGUCAUUGCUACCUCGCUGUUUGGAACAUGGGUUGACACGAGCAGCCAAUGUAACAUUAUCCAGACCACUAUCACCAAUUAAUGUUGAUGACAAAAAUAAAGAUAUUGUUGACUGUAGCAUUAUAAUAUCAAAUGAGACUUAUGUUAAUGGAUCUAAUCAAAAUGAGGAACUAUCGCCCAAAGAAACUGGUAACAUGUUAGAAGAGAAAGAUAGAGUUAGUAGGCAGAGUUUUGAUGAGGCUCUACUUGGUGAAAUCAUUGAUAGACAAGAUCUGGGCAGGGAAAAAUGUCACAGUAUUGGCGAGAAAUAUAAAUCACAGAAGUCCAUGAUGGAAGCUCAGCAAAGUCCAACAAUGGCUAGAGAUAUGAGUGUGGAUGGGUUGUAUAACUUGACACAGCAAAUUGAUCAGGUGGAAUGUGGGUUCCCACUGCCUCUUUUUGAAGAUGGUUAUAUCUGUUUGCCUUACUUAUCUUUGCAAUAUCUAGACCUCUUAUCUGAUUCUGCCGUACAGGGAUUUAUUGUUGGAGCUUCCAACGUAUUAUUUAAGCAAAAACGGCAGUUAUUUGACGUUUUGGUUGAAUUAAAUGAGAUGAGAAUAGAGACGGCCGAUAUGAUGCUCAGGAGGCAACUAGUUCUGGGUACUGAGGACCUCCGAUUCGCUGAUCACGUAGUUCGCCACGGCGCGACGCAAGGCGACGCGUGGAUAAGAGACCAGUUUUCAAGUUAUUUAAUUUAUCUGUUAAGAACAUCACUUUUACCAGAAGGCAGCCGAGAGAUAGAUUCCUACAAUGCUCAAUUUAUGACUGCGUUCAAAGCGACACCUGCUUAUCAGCAAUGGCUAAAGACCACAAACAACGGUGACAUUGAGGCGUUUGUGAAUCUUGCGCCUGUGCAUCCAUUCUCCGGUCAACUAUCCGUAGCUGAUAUGAAGCUUAAGUUCGCCCACACAAUGUCAACAACGGAAGGCGGCAGGAAGGUGACAGCUGCGGUAGCAAGUACGGGCCGAGCGGUAGCGACCACGUCGCGCGCCGUCGGCGGAGCCCUGUCGCACGCGCGCGGGGCCCUCUCGGGCUGGUGGUCCGCACUCACGGCCCCCACCACCGCCGGCGCCUUGCCCGCACACACCGGUCCCGCGCCCGCAGAUGACGCAGUCGAUGCCGCAGACCAGCCUCACGACAACAGGAACCAAGUUCUGGAGACUCCCGACCCCCCUGACAAAUCCAUAGAGGACGCCGCCACGAACGUUAGCAAAAUACAAGUGAUAUAAUGUUAACAGUUAAAUGUAGAAUUCCGAUAAGUGACGUUUCAUCUUAGCCCAGUAGUAUUUAUUGUGAUAGGUAUACGAGGAGACUUGGAAUGAAUCUACAAUUCUGAUAAUCGAAUUUGUCAAAUAUUUGUAUGUAUAAAAUGGCUGUUAAUAAGUUAUACAAAUUAACAGCGAUUAAAUCCAUUAUGAGAUUAUUUAUAUUAUUAAUUUAAUUGAAAAGCUUAAUUAAUAGUCCUUCCUAUUUCUAAGAUUUUCAAUUAUUGCAAGUACUUAAUUUGUAGAGUCACCGGCAAACACUAUCAUUAAACAUACAGAAUAAUUAAUGUAUGCGGUCUUAAAAUUUUAAAUAUGGAAAAGAAUUUAAUGUUGAUUUCCUUUUUUAAAUAACAAAACAUUGAAUUUGAAUAAUUUAUUUGACUUUAUUUUGGAAAUUAUAAGGUUUAAAACAAUUAAUUAUAUAAAUAUGUAUAUCUUUGAAUAUGUAGAUAAUAGUUAUUUGUAGACUUUGAUACUGUUUGUGAUCUCUGAAACAUAGUUUGUUGUUGAUAUUCUUAUAGUAUAUUGUUUUUAGUAUUUGGUGUGUAAAAAGUUGAUAAUGGAUUAAAAUAUUAAGAUAAAUGCUUAUUGCAAUAUUUUCUAUUACUUUUUUACAAAUUUUUGUUUUAUAAUAUCAGAGA